UUGGUAAACACAUAGAUAGUUAUUGCUUCAAUUUCGUAAACCCUCGGUUCAUUCUGGGCCUAGUUGAUUUUGCGGUAUCUCUCGCUCUUUCUUCUCGUGUUAUUUUCUUUCCUUUUUUUUUUUUUUUUCCCUUAUGAUCUCAAACCAAGGCCCACGUGAAUGUGGAAGUUGAUAAGUUGAGAAUUCUGGUGUUCAGUGGAGGCUUAGAAUGUUAACUUGACAGGUUUAUAUAUUGAAGAGAGAAUCAUGUUCUGAAAUAGCUUCUUAAUAUCGUGCUCUUGCAGCAAUUUGGAGCCAGUUUCUUUUCGAAUUUGUCUGGUGAUGGAGUGUAAUAAAGAAGAGGCUAUCAGAGCCAAGGGCAUUGCUGAAAGUAAGAUGCAAAGCAAGGAUUUUGAUGCUGCUCGUAAAAUUGCACUCAAAGCACAGCAGCUUUACAAAGAUUUGGAUAAUAUUUCCCAUAUGCUAAUGGUUUGCGAUGUGCAUUGUGCUGCUGAUAAGAAGCUUUUUGGGAAUGAGAUGGACUGGUAUGGCAUCCUUCAGAUUGAGCAGACGGCUGAGGAGGCAACAAUCAAGAAGCAGUAUAGGAAGUUUGCUCUCUUACUUCAUCCUGACAAAAAUAAGUUCCCUGGUGCGGAGGCUGCUUUCAAGUUGAUUGGUGAAGCUCAAAGGGUUCUUUUAGAUAAAGAAAAAAGAACGAUGCAUGACAUUAAACGAAAAGCUUCUGUGAGUAAACCUGCACCAACAUACAGGCCUCAGCACAGGACAAGCUACAACCCUAACAUUGUAACUCAAAAUAAUUAUAGAAGCAACUUUAUGGGCUUCAAUUCCCACCAGCAGCAGAUGCAGCAGCCAGCAGCUCAACAGGGUUCAUUCAAUGCUCGCAAAACUUUCUGGACAGCUUGUCCAUUUUGUAAUGUGAAAUACCAAUAUUAUGCGGAAGUUAUGAACAAGUCUCUUAUUUGUCAACAUUGUACUAAACCCUUCAUUGCAUAUGAGAGGAUUGUGCAUGGGGCUCCAACAGCAACUAACUUGAAUCAGUCAGCAUUUAGUGAAAAGAAAGAUAUGCCAAAUCAGGCUUUUAACAAAGUGGAGCUCACUCGUCAGAGCAAAUCAAGCCCUGAGAAAUCUAGAACUGAGUUCUUUCCGAAGAAAGGUUUCAGUUCUGAGUUAGGUUCACAAAAGGUAAAUGGCAAGAGACAAAGGAAAAAAGAUUCAGAAUCAAGUGAAAGUUGUGACAGUGAUAGUAGCAUUGAUACUGAAGAAGAUGUGGUAGUUGAUGAAGAUGGUGAUUUUAAGGCAAGAGUGAAGUCAGGAUGUUAUGGAGAGAACCUGAGGAGAUCUAAUCGAAGUAAGCAGAAGGUUUCAUAUAAGGAAAAUUUGAGUGAAGAUGAAGAUUUUGUGACCCAAUCAAAGAAGCCCAAGGGAAGUGGAUCAUCCCAUGCCAGCGAAAAAGAUUGCAGAAAUGGAUUGAAGGACAAAAUUUUGAAAACAAAUAAGCAUUCUGGUGAAUCUGGUCUAACUUCUGGUGUGAAAGAUAAGAAUGAGGAGAAACCAAAAGAAGGUCCAGAGAGCUUUCCAAAUGAAAUCAAGGACACCAAGAAUGUAAAAGGAAAAGAAAAAGCAGAAGAAAGUGGCUGUAAGAAAAGUUCCGAGGCUUAUUUUGACUUUGCAUCAGAUUCAAGCCCCAAAUCCACAUCAGAACCAGAGCAUUAUGUCUGUCCUGAUCCAGAUUUCAAUGACUUUGACAAAGGUCGGAAUGAAAGGUGUUUUUCGACAGGGCAAAUAUGGGCUGUUUAUGACACCUUGGACGCUAUGCCUAGAUUUUAUGUUCGAAUUAGGAAAGUUUUCUCUCCUACGUUCAAAGUGCGGAUAACAUGGCUGGAGCCGGACCCAGAUGAUGAGGAUGAAAUUCAAUGGGUCAAUGAGAACUUGCCGGUUGCUUGUGGUAAGUUUAAAAUUGGAAGCUCGCAAAAUACUGAAGAUCUACCUAUGUUCUCCCAUAUGAUUAACUGUGAAAAAGGCAGCCAAAGGGACGCUUACAAGAUAUUUCCAAGAAAAGGGGAAGUUUGGGCUGUAUUCAAGAACUGGGAUAUUAAAUGGAAAUCUGAUGCAGACCAUAGCCAGAAAUUUGAAUAUGAAUUUGUCGAGAUCUUGUCAGAAUAUACGGAGGAUAGCGGUGCAUGUGUUGUGUAUUUAGGAAAGUUGAAGGGCUUCGUCAGUGUUUUUUGUAGAACCAGUAAAGAAGGAAAUGAGACAUUUCAAAUUCCACCAGGUGAACUAUUUCGCUUUUCUCACAUGAUUCCAUCAUUUAAAUUGAUGGGUGAGGAAGGACAAGGUGUGCCAAAAGGAUCUUUUGAACUCGAUCCAGCUUGUUUGCCCAAAAACAUUGAAGAGAUCGCUGUCCCUGAAGAUAUGGUAAUUGACGCGGGUAAUAGAUAUCCCAGAGAUCUGUGUUCAAGAUCUUCACAUACAGUGAAAACUGAAGUGGAGUCUGAAGCAAGUACGACACAUUGGGCUGAUAUUAAGGGUGCUUAUCUAAAACCUGAAGUUGCCAUAGUCAAUGAGGUUUGUAGAACUCCUCCAGCUUCAACCCCGGAACCUACUGAAAUUCCAGAAGCAGAAUUCUUCGACUUUGAAGCUGAGAAAUCCAUUGAGAAGUUUCAGGUUGGUCAGAUCUGGUCAUUGUACAGUGAUGAGGAUGGCUUGCCAAAGUACUAUGGUCAGAUCACAAAAAUUGCUUCUGGACGGGGUUUCAGAUUGUGGCUUAGGUGGCUAGAAGCUUGUGCAUUGCCAAAUGGUGCGAUUGAAUGGCAUGAUAAGGGUAUGCCCAUUUCUUGUGGAAUAUUUAGGACUAAGAAGGGUGAAUCACAAUCUUAUACAUCUGCCGACUCCUUCUCUCAUAAAUUAAGUGUAGUAUCUGCUGGGAAAAAUGAGCAUACCAUUUUGCCUAGAAAAAAUCAGAUUUGGGCAUUGUAUAAGAACUGGUCUGCCGAAAUGAAACCUUCUGACUUGGGGAUAUGUGAACAUGAGAUAGUGGAAGUCCUCGAGGAAAAAGACUUGGCGAUCAAAGUUUCAAUUUUGGAACAAGUUGAUGGUUUUAACUCUGUUUUCAAGGCUCAGUUAAAGGAAGGAUCAUCUGUUACAAUGGAGGUUCCCCGUGUUGAGCUUUUCAGGUUCUCCCAUCAGAUUCCUGCUUUUCAACUAACAGAAGAGAGAGGUGGCAGCCUAAGAGGCUUCUGGGAACUUGACCCUUUAGCGUUACCAGUUUAUUAUUUUGCCUCGAAGUAACAUGACAGGUUUAUUCUAAUGCCAUCUCAUUACUUUGCCUGCAUACCAACUGUGUUGUGGGGUUGCCUUGGAAAGUUUCUUGUGGUCUCUGGAGAAACAGUGCUGGCUCAAACUCUAUUGAUCCCUUCAAUUUCGGCAUGAAGCUUUGGUUGGUUAGGCCACAAUUGAGUUAUGGGAAUGACAAAUUAACCAAACCAAUGAAGUUAGAUUUCUUUACUCUGGUGGCAGUCCUAUUUCACUUUUAUAUUUUCCUGUAAACUCUUAUGACAGAUACUAUAUUAGCUCUUCUUGAUUUGAAUGUAGAGAUAAAACGCUAGCAGCUCGUCUUUUGUUUUAUUUUAAAACAAAUAGAAAAAGGUUCUAUUUUGAAGAAUUUUUGGUGGGCAAAGAUCUUCUCCAUCUUUUGUAAAAUUGCAAAUGCAUUGGAAAGUAGCUGUUGUGAGGAUGCA